CACGGAACAAAGGUGUGAAGAGUUUAAUCCCCCGAUAAACACACCGUUGGACUUAAAACCUACAAAGGCAUGUCUGCAUGCAGUAGAGUGUCUUUCUUCUCAUGCUAAACUGGUAAUCGGUUGUUCGGAGAAGAAUACUUUAGAUGUGUUCUUCCAAGAAAUCGGGAUUAGAUUUUUUGGAGAGUCAGGAAGAUUUAAGGGUGUUUUUCGUCCUGAAGAAGUUUAUGAAUUCUGCCAAAAACGCGAAGAUUGGCUUGCAGUUAAGCAUGAAGUUGAGAAGGAAUUAUAUGGCUUAAAGCCUGAAGAUUGCGUGUUAAU